AUGGCAGCUUCAAUCCUCAGCCUGGCCACCACGUACGGGGCCCAAUUGGCCCUGGCGGUGGUCCUUAUUUUGAUUGUGCGAUUUUUUCACGAGAUGUUCAAAGUACGCUUGCUUUUCCAUUGGUUGCGAAAGCAAGGCCUGCCAAUGCCCCAGUGGGAUUUCGCAGCAGGAAAUCUGCGGAUGCUCCCCGAUCUAAUGAAGCGACACCCUAAAGGGUCACAGCAGUCGGAAGCGUUUACGUUGCUAUCCUACGAGUUCCCCAGCCACGAUAAUUGCUUUUAUAUUGAUGUCUGGCCCUUUACCAAACCGUUGUUGGUGGUCACGUCGCCGGAUCUAGCGGUGCAGGCCUCUCAAACAUAUGCGCUGCCAAAGCCGCCGGUCCUCGCCGAGUUCUUCAAUCCUUUUACCGGGGGUCCCAGUAUCUUCGUGACCAAUGGCCCCGAAUGGAAGCAUGCCCGUGGACUAUUCAAUCCCACAUUUAGUGCCAGCCAUAUUCUCGAACAUACUCCUUCUAUUGUCGAGGAAGCUGAAGAGUACGUGGAGAUCCUUCGCGAGCAUGCGCGCACGGGAGACAUGUUUACGCUCGAUAAAAUGACCUGCGACUAUGUGAUGGACAUUAUUGGAUACGUCGCCAUGUGGGUUUCCUUGGACAAUCUGAGGCCCGAAGAAUCAAAACUAAGAGUCAAUCACAGGAAGGCACAUCUUCAUUCUCAGCGGAGACACAAUGCGCUAGCGGCGGCGAUGAGAAGUUCGGUCGAGUGGCAUUGCCAGGACGAGCAGAUGAAUCCCUUUAUUCGAUGGAAUCCCAUGCGACCCCUGAUGCAGUGGUACAACGGACGGACGAUGAACCGUUAUAUCGGGAUUGAACUGGACAAGCGAUACGAAGUAUGGAGACAGCAAUCUUCCACACGCGCAAGUUCUAUCAUUGACAUUGUGCUUGCUGAAUUUAUGAGUACGCGGACAGCCGGUGAUAAGCUGGACCCCGAGUUCAAAAAGUGGGCGACGAUUCAAAUCCGGACCUUUCUAUUUGCUGGUCACGACUCCACGGCUGCUACAAUUGUGUAUAGUAUCUAUCUCUUGUCAAAACAUCCCGAGAUACUGGCAAAGGUUCGCAGCGAGCAUGACAAGAUCUUCGGGUCGGAUAUUACAACUACAGCAGAUAAACUGAAGCAGCACCCCGAGCUAAUUAACCGACUUCCAUAUACACUCGCGGUUAUCAAGGAAACGCUUCGUCUCUUUCCCGCUGCCUCUGCGCUGCGCGAGGGUCAGCCGGGGGUCCAUCUACAGGAUAAAAAUGGUACUAAGUACCCGACAGAUGGCCUGUGUAUCUGGAUUAUCCAUACAGGUCUUCAACGGAAUCCUAACUACUGGCCUGAUCCACACGCUUUCAAACCAGAGCGCUGGCUAGUUGGACCAGAGGAUCCAUUGUAUCCUCCGAAAGGAGCCUGGCGUCCCUUUGAACAAGGUCCGCGAGACUGCAUCGGUCAGCCGCUGGCUCUACUGGACAUCAAGAUUACCCUCGUGCUCACUCUCCGGGAGUUCGACUUCCAAGACCAGUAUGCAGAAUGGGACCGUCAGCAUCCCCGGCCGGGGCCCAAGACCGUCUUUGGCGAACGUGCCUACCAAAUUCCACUGGGAGGCUCCCACCCAGCCGACGGCCUUCCGUGCCGGGUCAGCUUUCGAAAACAGACAAGCCAGUGA